AUGGCUGCGGCUGCCCCGAUUGUGUCCCCCUAUCAUCCCUUGACUGCGGAUUUCACCGCGAUGACAGUCUCCCCCGACAGUGCUCAUCCCCUGGGCACAGACCCACUGGGAAGGGACACGUUGAGCCGGAUUAUCUACGGGGCGCGGUACACGCUGAUUGUGGCCUUUGCGGCGGUGCUGCUGGGUACCACGUUUGGCGCGGUCCUCGGGGUGGCCAGCGCCUACCUGGGGGGCAAGUUUGACCUUGGGGUGCAGCGUGUGCUCGAGGUACUGCAGGCAUUCCCCGACCUGAUCCUGGCCCUGCUGCUGAUGGUCGCGCUGGGACCUGGACUGGGCACCGUGAUUGUGGCCAUUGCGGUAACCAGGAUUCCCUUCGGGGGCAGGGUCGUGCGGGCGGUGGCCCUUCAGAUACGGGAGAUGGACUACGUGACCGCGGCCCGGGCGGUGGGGGUUUCCAGCUUCAGGAUCAUGCGCCUACACGUGGCCCCGCAGUGCGUUGCGCCGUACCUGGUGCUGGCGACGGCCCACCUGGGUGUUGCCAUCAUCAUCGAGGCGUCGCUGGGCUUUCUGGGGGUUGGGAUUCCGCCGCCUACUCCUACUUGGGGGAAUAUGCUGGCUAUGCAGGGCAACAACCUGAUCCCGCCGUGGUGGCUGGUGGUUUAUCCCGGGGUGGCAAUCACGUUGAUCGUGCUGGCGUUCAGCCUCUUCGGCGAUGGCCUGCGGGACUACCUGGACCCGAGGCUUCGCGGGCGGUUCUAG